AAUGGUAUCCUCAUUUUCCACUUCUCUCUGUCUAUAUAUAAUCACUCACUGUCUUGGUCAAACACACAAACACUCUCUGUAUUCUAUCAAUCUAAAGUAGCAAAAGAUGGCAGGGGCUCAAACCCACCAACAUUGAGCUCAAGUAGCGGAGUUGGGUCCGUUUUAGAAAUUGGUGGCUUCAAAUCAUACGUCUCUGGUCCUUCCUCUUCCAAACUCGCCAUCCUUCUCGUCUCCGACGUUUAUGGUUAUGAAGCACCAAAUCUAAGGAAACUUGCUGACAAAGUUGCAGCUGCAGGAUACUAUGUGGUAGUUCCUGAGUUUCUUUAUGGUGAUCCUUAUAAUCCUGAAAACACGGAGAAGCCUUUAUCAAUCUGGAUACAAUCACAUGGAACAGAUAAAGGAUUUGAAGAUGCAAAAAAAGUUGUUGCUGCUCUCAAAGAUAAAGGUAUAUCUGCAAUUGGGGCUGCAGGAUUUUGCUGGGGCGCAAAGGUGGUUACCGACCUAGCCAAGUCUUGCUACAUUCAAGCUGCAGUGCAAUUGCAUCCAUCAUUAGUCAAAGUUGAUGAUAUUAAAGAGGUUAAGGCCUCAAUAGCUAUUUUAGCAGCUGAGAUAGAUAGAAUCUCUCCUCCGGAGCUUAUUAAGCAGUUUGAGGAGAUUUUGUCAUCAAAACCUGAGGGAUCAGAAGCUUCAUUAGAAUCACCGCGACACGAAGAAUCUGGAUUCUUUUUGUUCUGUCCAACUUUAGUCUUGCCUUUGUCCUUGUAGGGAUGAGGAGCUGCUGCAUUUUGUUGAUCAGGAGCAGUAGUAUGUACUUCAUGAAGAGGGGGAUGCUUGUUAUAAGAUAUGACU